AUGGCUUGUGGUAUGAACAGGAUGGCAGCUCCCACAAUAGGUGCCACAGGCUCUAAAAUCUGUGCCACAUCAACUGUAGCUGUCGAGGUGAGAUGGGAGAACUGCUGUAGACUCCUACCUGUCCCUCCUCUGGUUUCUGAAGAAGCAGUAGGUCAUGCUCUGUGGUAUCUGUGUUGGCCCAGGUCUCUGCAAGAGUUUUCAGAAAGUCCAGCUAUGUCAAGAUGCGAGAAUCUCAGCUCUUCCCACUUGUUCGUGCUCACUGAUGCACCCAAGAGCAUCACUGAAUGGCUGGUGUUCUGGGAAAAGGAUCCAGUGGAGAUUCUGCUUAAUUUGGGGUUUGGUACAGAAGAACCUGAUGUCUGCACAAAAAUCCCUCCUCGGUUCCUCAGUGGUGCUUCUGUAGCAAAAGGGUUCAACGUCCAAGUCUUUUUGGAAGCUCAGAAGCAGCGGAUGGAUGUUGAGAAGCCAAACCUAUAUGAACAUUUUUGACGGCUGGAAGUACUUGACCAUGUAUCCAGUGCCCUCACAUCUUUGCUGAUCGAUGUCAAUACCCAAUAGACCAAAGCACAGGACACUGGCAAGGGUAAGACUAGUCUGCUGGAUGCUGCAAAGAUCAUACCUGCGAUUGCACAAGUGAAGUGGAAAAGAAUAAGUUAUAUCCUGUAUAGGGCUUCUCGUUAGACACUGCUACUGCAACAGGGCUUGGUGGCACUUGGGACCAACUUGCGCAGCAGGAAAGAGCCAUCCUGUUCUUGUGCAGAUAUUGCUGAGGGGGGGCACAUUCAGAUUCAGAGUUUUGAGAAUGAAAGUCUACGUGGAAAUGCUCCUGACACCACUGCAUUUGUGGUUUAUGUGCUGCUGCCAUCUGGUGGUUAUUCUUCUGAAAUGCGGCACAACGCCGAGCAGCAGAUGUACAGCAGAGUGGGUCAGCGCUACAGCCCUGUGCCAGGGACAAGAACGCCUGGACGGGGCUCUCCUAUGGUGCAGGGGGGAGAUCUCCAUUUUGGCUUCUCCUGCCCACCUGGGCCCCCAUUGAGCUACCGCCAGAGCCCAACAGCGCCCCCUACCGACUUCCACGGAGGAACUGCAGGCUCUGCUCCUCCAGUGAUCCAACAGUGCCCCCUCCUGAUCGUGUGUACACUUCAUGAAAUUGAAGUGAUGAAGAGCUCCCGCCAGCAUUUCCAGAAGAAGUUGAAUGAGAUUGAACAGCACCUGACCAAACAGCAGGCACUGUUUUCCGGCGCUAUGCCAUGUGAAGGAAGGGAGGAAAGCAGAUACCUGCAACUCUUACAGUGAGCCAUUUGUCAGGAAGUUGCAGAGCUGGAGUUUCAGUUGAAGAAUCAAGCUUAUCAAGUCAGCGAGAGCAUUCUGCAGCAGCUGGACAAAUUACGAGCAGAACAAUCCCAUCUGUUUUCUGAGCUUAAACUCUUUGACUGGAAGGAAGAAAGAAAAACCCAGAAUAAACAAGUGUUUCCAGAUGCUGCUAACACUGUGCAUCCUCAAAGUAGGUGCUCAAAAAUGGUGCACAGAAGAGCUCCUAGCAAAAACAUGACAGCAACAGGCUCCCUCUCUGCCCCACAGCCAGGGGCAACCACAACGUUUCCUAUCAGGACAACACUUGAGCCAAAUUCAGCCAAGCCUGCCCCACAGAAGCUCUCUACCAGUAAAAAGGAAAUAAAAGGACACUCACAAGCAAAAAUGGACUUUAAGACAUUCAUACACAAAAUAAGGAGAGGUCUCAACCUCAAGGUUUUAAGUGGAAGAGAUCGCUGACCUGCAGUGCAAUUUUACUAUUUUGUCUCAUUGCCACAGUCUAGAUCAGGACCAUUUCCUUCUCAGUUGUGCAUUUCUUGAAGGGACGAAGCCAGUGUUUCAGGGCACUGUCAGUCUGCAGAGGCAACAAAAGUGGAACUGAGACUGGACCUGCCUUGAUAUUUCUCAGUAAGCUGUGGCAAUCAUCUAGAUGAUCCAGAGAGAAGAACACAUAAAUAUAGGGGUUGCAUGUGGCUUGCUUGAACUUUGAAUGCAACUGUUUGACUAAUCAGUAUUUUCAACCCUAUCACAUCCUGUGAAAUUAGUAAUUUAUGGAUUCAAAUUGUAGACACAAUUAAUCAAUUUUUCAAGGACAGUAAAGGCAGUGAAUUGGAAGGUUUGUUGUUUUUCUGAAGAAAUUUCAAGUCAGCAUUUCUGACUGAUCUGAUCUCACCAUGUAACCAGAAAAAAAGUCUGCCUUUUUUAAUACAAAAUCAACCUAGAAAAUGUAUUAGAUAGCUCCCUUAUAAGUUAAUGUUCUCUUCCAUCUAAACAUGUGUCCUGAUUUUUAAAGGAAUGAUCAUUCUCAGAAAUCAAAAAUUUAGGGUUAAAUUCUGCAUAAACCUCAUGUAAACACCAUGGGAGGGAAUGCCUUUUAUUGUAGUCUUAUACUACUUUAUUGUUUUAUGUUGAUACUACCACUGAUAUUAUCAAGCAGAAUCAGGUUUCUUAGCACACAAUUCAAAGAAUGAGACCCACAGACAGUGAGGAACAAGAAAUCGAAAUAUUUGAGAUAAUGUUUUGUCAUCUUUCAUACCCAUUUCUUUUUAAGACUGAUCUUGGUCAUUCUCUAAACAUACAAAGAAAACGUCUUUUUUCUUUUUUUUUUUCCAGAUGAAGAAAUCUUUCCAAAAUUCUUUAGUUAAUGAUUCAGCAGAAGGAAAAGACUGACGGACGACAAACUUACAGAUUUUUUUUUAAUAAUUGGGGCCUUUUUCUUUAAAUGCAUGGCAUGUGACAGAAGAAAAUGAACAAAAUAUUGCAUUAUAAAAAGUUCUGAUCACGGCAGUUUCAUUUGCCAUGACUGACUGGAAAAACAGACAUUUUUAAAGGAUGUUUUGAAGAGAGGUGUUAAAUAUUUUGCUAUUCUGUGAUUACUAAACUUACUAUGCUCCUAUUGGCAAUCAUGUGGGAUAGGAUUGCUCUUUGUAAAGCCAUUUAAAAAGAAGAGGAGAGGGCUUAUUUUCUGAGAAGAAACAAGAACUUGCAGAUAGUCCAGGAAAUGCUACUAGAAGAUAUUCUCCUUAUAGUUAGUUAUUUCAAUAGUCAUUCAACCAAUACUAAAUUUCAUGUCCAAAGUACCUUAUAUAGUCCUAGCUACAUUCUAAAUUUUAACUUGCUACUAACUGCUUCUGAUUAAUUUUGUAAGGCUGGUAUCUACCCUCUGUAUCAAAUCAGAAGCUCAUUGACAGUGUACAAAAUGUUAAACUGUCAAACUAUUACUGUGCAAAGUCUCUUAGCUUUCCUCCUGCUUUUUAUAUUUGCUUCAUAUAAAUCCAAUUAAGACCAAAAUGAGAUGAGAAACACAGGGUUUUCUACAUUAUAAGCCUGGAAUCAGAAUCCUGGUUCAGUUUUCUGGGGAGCAGGUAGAGCCUGGAUUCAUGCAGAAAAACCCUCUCAAAUUUGGAUAACAGCAAAGAAAUCAACUGGUUCAUUUUCAAAGCAGUGUAGUUUUCAAUUUAGAGCUUCCCAGACUGUGAGAUGUCCUACUGUCUUGUUUGUUUGAUGCUCUGAAGGAAUCUUAGGUGUCAUUUAGGCUUUGGUGUUGCAAAUCACAGCUCUGCAAAGGUGCAAAUAGAAAUAGCAUUUACACAUGUUUAAAGAGAAAAUGGAGUCAAACAUGCUGAGCAGCCUCGAGGCUCCUUGCACCUCCACGUUUCCACAGAUGUUCAGGGUAAUAAAAUUAUUGGUGGAGAGAGGUACACAACAUAGGAACUAACAAAAUCUUCUGCAGCCUGCUGGGCCAUGAAUUUUACUGGUUGAAAUUUGCCCCUUUCUUGAGACCCAACGUGGGAUUUGUACACUAUUUCCACACUAACAAGUAUUUUAGAGUUUAUAUGUCAAGAUUUGUGAUUGUGAUAGUAUGUUCAGGCAACAUGCAAAUGGAAAAUGGAAUUUUUGGUGGAAUAAGCAAUAAAUUUGUCAAAAUAUUUUCUCCUUCUACUGGCUUAGAAACUGCACUUGCAGAUAUUAUACAUCAGCUUGUGGAGGAAAGCAAAUAAAGAAAAUGGUUAAAGACAUACAAAAAGUGCUGAAGGCCUACUGGAGGAAAGAAUGACUAUGAAGCUUCCUUGCCUCAGCCCUACCAGUGAUUCCUGGUUUUUGCAAGUCACUUCAACAUGAUGCAUAAAAGCUCUGAAGGUAUGUGAUGCUGCAAUUACUAUUGGCCCAUCUUAUGUCCAUGUGUACAGAAGAUGCUAUUGGCAGGUGGCAGCUGUUCAUACAGGACCUCUGGUGCCAUUUGAAUUCUACAAUUUAUAUUCUCAAUGAGGACUGAAUAUGACUCUUGCUAACAAAACUGUUUGAAUUACCUCUUGAUUGGUAUGUGCAGUCCAGCUCCUCAUUUCAUUUUAAAUAUAAUUUCAUGCAACACAUGGAUGGGAUAGGCUUCUCCGAUAUGCAACACUUACAUGCUCACAAAUAUCGUUACUGUGAAUGUGUUUGCAUGUAUAGCUAGAAAACUACUCAAGCCUUCAACGUUGUUUUAAUUGUUAAGCUGCAGCCUUAUAGUGUCAGGGUUGACAGCAAGCCUGUCAGCAGCCUGGCAUUUAUUGAAGAAGCAGUGGACAUACCGGAUUACAGUAUACCCCUGAAAGGAGGAGAACACAGCAUGCAGAAGAACAUGGGCAACUUUCAGAAAGGAAGAAGAUGGAGGACAGAAAUGGACUUCCUGUACUUUUUACAAGUCAAGAUGACUCGACAAAAGCUGUGUUUACUAUUUUGCAACCAAUCCUGGUGUGUGCAUACAUGAAAGUACCAAUGGCUUGACAUGUGGGUGGCCUUAUGGCCUGAUGUAUGUAUACCAGUAGAAAGUGACAUGUGUGUGGCCUGAUCUAUGUGUACCAAAAGCAGGAUGAUGUGUAUAGCCUUAUAUAAGUUUAUAUGAAGAUACCAAUAAAAAGUUGACAAGUGUGAUAUGUGAAAAGUAUAAAUGUUUGCAACCUGUUACAGUAAAGUGAUUACAGACUUCUUGUAA